AUACCCUGAAUAGAUUAAAUUUUAUUUUCUAACUACAAGAAAGAGAUCGACAUUGCUUUCUCAGACGCACAACUUCGUGGGCAUUUACUCCGGUGAAAUGAAUCCUCGUGUUUGUUCCUCCCAGCCAUGACACUAGAGCUAUCAAGUGACAGAAGUUGUGCAAUCGUGUUUGCUUCAGCCGAGGCAUAUUGCCAAAAUCAGGGCUUUACUUUCAUUUGCACAACUCUGAAAAGGUCAUUCAUGCUUUUAUUUCUCUUGGGCUGACUACUGUGGCUCCCUUUGUUCGAGGCUCGGCAGGAGAAACAACUCCCAUCUGCUGACAGAACAGACAGUUGCUGACAGCGUUCUAACUCCACCACAUAUCACUGGCAGCCUCUGGAUUUGUUACCGUCCUUUAAGGAAAUGCUUUUGCCUAACUGAAAUUAUACUUUCUAUUUAGCCUUAUAGCUUAAUUUUUGCACAGUAGCAUUUUAUGUAAUUGUUUUUAGUUGGAGGAAGUCGGCAGAGUUACAGAUCUUCUAUGACACUCAUUGACAUUUUAAUACAGACAGCAGGAAAAAUUUACCUGAAAUUUGAGUCUAUCCUAAAGAAUAACUUCAUCUUCACAAAAAAAUUGUCAUGAUUAUUAUAUAAAGAGUCACUCAUCAGAAUAGAUUCUUACUAUAAUUAUCAGGUAUUUGUAUCUGUACUCAUAUUUCUUUAAUCAGCUGUUUCUUUCUAGACAUUUCUGUGGAUACAGUUGAGAUUUAUUGGGAUUUUUGUCUGCAAACUCAAAAGCCAAAGAGCUGAAGUGAAUAAUGUAAACAGAUUUUUUUUUUAAACUUUUGCACUGAAAUCUUCUCAACUCUAAAACUACACCCUUCUUCUGUUAACAUGUAUUCAGCAAUGAUCUGGUAACUUCAAUGUAUAUGGAGGAAAAUGGUGCAUAUCAAUGAAAGCAAAGUCUGAUCAUGCAGUAAAUACAUCCCAAAAUCCAUAGAAUUCAUUUUUGAAAGGCAUUGUGAACAAAAAUUUGAAGUUGUUUCCAAACUUUUGGCCUGUCGUGUAGCUGGAGAAAAAAAACAUACUUUUGCAAGAACUUGUGAUUCAGUCAAUAUUCCUGGAUUAACUAAUGCAUAAUGGUGCGCUCGAUAAAACGCUCUUAACAUUAACAAAACUUGCCAUAACUCUCUCCAUCUGCUAACAUAAAGUGAACAAGAAAAGCACUCAGAGCACAGUACUCUGUCAAGGCUGCUCAGUUGUAUCAUUUCUGACAACUGAAAUUGUGAAAAAAUUCAUGGCAGAAAUCACAACAUAGAAUGUGUCCAUUUAAUAUAGAUGUACUCAUAAACAAAAUGACCUUGCACUGAGCACAGGUGUGUAUUAUACAUGUGUACGUUAUGUACAAAUACCGAAUCACGUGACCUAAACAUGUAGCGGGCUGUGGGAAUUGAUGGGACUCAGAAACACCCCCACAAUUUAAUCAGUUGUUCCUUGAAUCAUUUCUGACUGAUAAGUCCUCAGUGGUGGAUUUGUAGUAGGAUCGCAAUGGUGUGAUCAUUCACUUGUAGUCAUAAUUACAGUGACACCGUGCCGCUAUCUCGCAAUGACACAGAAAUCUAACAGAUCCAUGGAUCCAGACUAUAAGCUGCAUCACUGCCAAAAUCUAAUCACUUGGUCUUUGUGUCAUUUCUGACCUUCCCUGAAAAUUUCAUCCAAAUCCGUUUUUGAGUAAUGUUGCUAACAGGCAGACGGACGGACAAACCAACGCUAAUCGUCACAUAACUUCGCCGUUCCUUGGUGGAGUAAUUACAUUUAACAGGGGAAAAAUGUUUUUUUUUUUUUAUUUGAAUGUGAAAAAAGACUAUACAGCAAUGCCAAAAUAACCAAAAACUUUCAUACAGUAUGUACUGUUAAUACCCAUGCCAAAUUUUCAUGUAUAGAGAUUUUUUAUUUUACCAAUAGGUUCCUUUUGGCUGGAAAUGAAACAAAAAAGACGGCGAUACACAGUGUAGGACCUGUUCAUGGUGAAUUAUAACCAUUUCUCUUUCUCUGUACCCAGUAAAGCCCUUAUUUGCCACCACAGCCAUACUCUUGUUAUUGCUAACUAGCUUUUCAAAUGUCUCAUUUUGGAUUUGGCCCAGGUUUUUGAGGUUGGACGGCUUCCUCAUCGUCCUGAUUUUCAGUUCCCUACACUGACUCUGGAUGGGACUCUGGGUUUUGACUCUCUGUUUUCUGUCUACCAUUUCUUCGCCACGUUGGCUGUACGUUGUCUUGCUGGAAGGGCCGGUGCUGCCCAAGGACAGGUUUUUCUGGACACUGCAGAAAUGAUGAUGUCUUCACUGUUGGCUGAAAAACCUCCCUAAAGCAUUACACCAACGUGAUUAACCGUGGGGAUGAUCUUAUCCUUCUCCACGUCCAAACAGCUCCAUUUUCAUCCCAUCCGACCACAGACUUGAUUAGCAGCAGCUUUCUUCUUUGUCCAGUUUUCAGGCUGACAACCAGCUAAUCUCACCUGUCUCAUCUUGUGGUGCAAUGGAUGAACCGGAGGAGAAGAUCCAGCCUCCUGGUCAGUCUGUCCAAUCCACUGAAGGCCAGGACCAGAAGAAGUCCACCCAAGACCAAGAUGGGGGCAGCAGUGAUGAAUGGGACACUGAUCUGGAAGCAGAUGGUGCCACCACUCCUACACAGAGUUUGUCCCGUACAGAUUUGUACCUGCAGGCCUGUCGGCAGAUGAGAACUGUCCCCGUGUCCUCCUUCAUCUGCCAUUUGGAUAAAACCGAUCUAAACUGGAACCAUUAUGGAGUGGGACCACAAGGGGUUAAAGCUCUGGCCAUAGCUCUGCAAAGUGACACCGUUAUCACCCACCUGGAGCUGGAGGACAACUCACUUCGAGCAGAAGGAAUACGCCCUCUGAUGGAGAUGCUUCACCAGAAUACCACCAUUCAGAGUCUAAAUCUUUCCAACAACCAGCUGGGCUACAAAGGAGCUGAAAUCAUCUCCAAAUUUCUGUCAAACAAUUGUUUUAUCAAAUACAUCAAACUCUCAGAUAAUGGCUUUGACGCUUCUGCUGCUAAAUAUUUAGCGGAUGCUUUAAGGGGCAACUGCAUGGUCAAAGAGCUGGACCUCAGUCACAACAAAUUCUGUAAAAGAGGAGGAGAACACCUGGGUCAUAUGUUAGAAACCAAUGUAGGUAUCGAAGAGCUGAAUCUGAGUUGGAGUCUGCACAGUGUCGUGGAUCUGUGUGCCGGUCUGGAGGUGACAAACAUAACACACUCGGACACAAACCUGCAGCGUAUAUUCAACACCAUCUCCUAUCACAGCUGUUUGCCUCCCUUGUUUCCCUUUCCUCUGCUAAACUGGAUUCUGAAGCGGCUCUAUCUGAAGCACAACAAUUUCGGCCACAUCCAGGCGAAGUCACUGGGCAAAGCAGUGAAACUAAACAGCACACUUGUGUUGCUGGACCUGAGUGAUAACAUGAUAGACGACGAGGCUGUGACGCCACUCUGCCAGGGCCUCGCCUCCAACAACACCCUCAUAGUUAUCAAGCUUUCCUAUAACCCCAUGACAAACCCCGGAGCGAUGACGCUGCUCAAAACUGUUGUCAACAACUCGGAAUCAGCACUGAAGGAGGUUGAUAUUUCUGGGGUGUAUGUGCACGAGGCCUUCGUUGAGCUACUGCAAAAAGCCCGUCAGAGGCGUCCUACUCUGAAUGUCCAGUACAGCGUCAUGGACUUCGUCACCAGGAACUUAUCUGCCCUACCCAUCUUCAAGAAAUUCCUUGAAGAGCAAAAUUUGAGCAUCAUGGAUUUCUGCACAGCUUUGGACAAAGAUGGAACAAUGAAGGUUCCCACCUCUGUCUUCAGGAAAGCCAUAAAGGAAGCAAACCUACCUCUGGAUCAGCGUCAGCGUGCAUAUCUGGUCAGGCAGUUUGACAAGAAGAUCACAGGCAUCGUAACCUACAGUAACUUUGCCAACCUGUAACAGAUAUGGAGAUGUAUGGUAAUGCUAGCAUGGAGGUAGACAGUCUUCUACAACGCAAGUCUGGAGAUCGUCCACAUGCUGGUGUUAGAGUUUGAGAAUCCUCCACAUGAUGAUCUUUGUUAAUGUCGCCAUAAUUGUUUACGGCAUUGUUGUUGUCUUCAUCGCUGGUGUCAAAGUCACUGGAUUGUUCCACGUCACUCAGAUGUUCUCAGGCGCUGCUGGAUCUAAAAAAUAACAUGCAGUCUGUCUGUUCUUCCAUCAACUCCCUGACAAAAAGGCCUGUAGCCUACAUUCAGAAAAUUGUAUUAUCACUCAUAUUUAAAUUUGUAUCUCUGAUAUUUUAGAUUGAUAUAUCAAAUACUUUCAGAGAUAAAAAUGAUUCAUAAAUUGCCCAUCAAUCAACUUUUAGCAUGUUUUAUUGGAAAUUCAAUUUGAGGCUAUGUUUGGAUGCCAAAAUCUCAAGAACUAUUAAAGAUUAAAGC